CCUCUUUCGUCCACCCACUAGCAAACAUGUCGGACAGCUGGAUCUGCAACUUGGCGUACGACGGGAAAUUUGAAGCUCUCAAGCAGCAGAUAUGCGCCGAUCGCACGGUUCUCACCAAGGAAGACCUCGCGGGACGCAUACCUCUGCACUGGGCUGUCUCGGGCAAACAUAACGACAUCGUCAACUAUCUUCUUCAGCAGGGAUCGCCGGUUGACUGCGUCGACGAGGCCAACUGGACACCACUCAUGAUCGCGUCAUCAGUCGGUCAUGUUGAGAUAGUGUCCGCCCUGCUCGGCAGGAAUGCCAAAGUUGACAUCGCAAACCAGAUGGGCCAGACUUCGCUGCAUUAUGCUGCAUCCAAAGGUCACCUGGAGGUUGCCAGGCUCCUGUUGGAGCAUCACGCCAACAUCAACGCCCAAGACUCAUACGGCAGCACACCGCUGCACCGGGCCGCGUCCCUGGGACGGAAUGCCAUCGUCCGGCUCUUUCUCGAUGGCUACAGCAACCAGCUCGACCUCAACUGCAAGGACGAGCCAGGCAACACACCCCUGCACUUGGCAUGCGAAGAGGAGAGGGUCGAAGUUGCUAAGAUGCUGAUUCACGCUGGCUGCAGGACUGACAUAUUGAACAAGGAAGAGAAAACAGCCUUCCAGAUGGCGCCACCAUCCCUGUCCAGGACGCUGCAGACUCUGCGUGAAGGGUCGGCGGGAGAUUGCUAAUAAACUUUUUUUCUUUUU